UACUCUUUGACGUUACUCUUUGAGACGUUACCAAAACGCGCAGUCAUUGCGUGGUAAGUGCGAUGGUUGGCGUUCUGUGUUGAACUUUUUAAUAUAGGCCUAGGCUUACAGCAAAUUGGGGACAAUCUUAGGGAGAAAUGGAGGAAACUGGAACAGUUCAACCACGGGGGAGGAUUAGACGAGUUACCUAUAGUAUUACUGGUAUGGUUCUGGGUCUGUCGAUUUUAAUUGUCUUUCUAGUUGUCGAAAAAUUUCGUAACUAUCAUGUGGCUGUUUGGGGUGCAGUCAGUGCCUUAUUUGCUGCUGUUUCUCUAGUUCUCCAUCUUCAACACAACAAUGAUACAAGCAAAGAAAGGUGGAUUCGUCGCUUGUCACUCAUUAUGCUCAUAGGCUUCGUGACCCAGAUGUGUUGCAUCGUUGCCUUCUUCACGUAUAUCAUAAUGGCAGCAGAACAAAAACAAGCUGUGAUACCGGUUAAUUGUCGGCAUUGUGGCUACUAUUUGGCAGCAGUAUGGGUAUUCAUGACAUGGAAGUGGUCAUUUCUCACGUUUUUUUAUGCAAGGAUGUAUCGUAAAAUCUACCUGGGCCAUUAUGCAGAGGUUGUUGAAUCAGCAUAGAGUACCACAGUCGUGUCGUCACGUUGGCUACCAUUCGUUACACCUGAAUGACUUCAUAGGCUUUCUGGAAUAGGCAUUUUAAAAUCUAAUAUUUUACCAUUAAAUGUACAAAAAACACAAAAGCACGCAUUAUAUUAGUUAUCGAACACACAUUUAAUCAAUUAAAAUUUACAAAUAAAAAGUAAGAUACAACAGCUUAAUAAUUAUAUUUGAAAUUGGGAUCAAUUGUUUGUCAGUAAAGAAAAUGGCAUCCUGUUGAACGCUUUUUGUAACGAUAGCAACGGAGUAGUAUCACAUGGUAUCGUGACGUAACACUGUAGUACUCUAUAGUGUUUGAAAGAUUUCAAACAACAAAUGGUUUUAAUGAAAGCAAUAUCAUUAUGUUGUAAAUAAUAUUACAGAAUACUUGAUAUUCAACAUACUAUUUCAACCAAUGUUCAAAAAAUUGACUUUUAUAUUACUGAUGUGGUUUUUAAAAAUGUAUUCAAACUUGACUUAAAGAAGUCUAUCAGUUUCUGAUUAUCUUUAGUUAUUAUUGUAAGGUUGUACUUGAAUAUAUUAUCUGUAAAAAAUAUUGAAAACCCUCAUUCAUUUAAAAUAGCUGAUUUAGAAGAAUCGUGUAAGUAAAUACUUCCAGUUUUCCUUAAAUUCCAGUGGUAAACCUAUAGAAACAAAUACAUUUUUGCUGAUUCACAGACCUUGCUAUAAAAAUCCUUCAAUCAAAUCAGUCAAGGUAACGUCUACACAAAAUACAUUGGAGUGGAAUAAGCCAACUGGUGAUUUGAACUGCACAUGCAUGUAUCCAGUGGUAUCAAAAGUCAAUCAACACAAACCUAUGUUAUGUAUAUGUUUGUUUAUGUGGAUUUACCUUGAAACAAGCAUGCACAGUUCAAACUACGAAAUUGGCUUAUUUUUUAUAUGCUCAUUAAUUGGCUUAUUUUUCAAAGUUUAAAUUGAAAGCUAAUACCUUGGUUAAAUAUGUAAAGUAAGCAAUGAAAAAUGUUUUUUGUUAGGAUUUUUUAAUUCAAUACAGAUAAGCCAAAUAUAAACAAUGACAUUGAGUCUGGACAAUAUUGAAUCCUAAUGUCACUAUUCCAUUGUUUACAGUACCGUAUGUAGUUAUUUAAGGUAUUCAUCCUAAUAACUUUUUUUUUUUUUUAAUUUUAAAUCCAGGCACAUGAGCCAAAGAUUGCCAUUAGUGAACUUAAUCACUAUCCUACUAUUUAUAGGUGGCAGUCCAUUUCAAAAGACAAACAUACAGACAAGAAGCACUACAUAAACUAAGUAUAGUUGUUUUUUGGUCAUAUGAAAAAAUCCUGUAAAUUUGACAGAAAUUGAACCCAGGAUAAUGGGAUUGGAAGGCAACUAUUUGAACCACCAAGCUACUCAAAUCUAGCCUCUAUAUAUUGGGUUCUCUGUUGGUUGCCCAUGCAUCCUUCAGAGCUGCUAGAUAUAGUAGGUGUAACAUCUUUUCCUACUCUCCAUUAUUAAUGUUUAUUAUAUUGAAUCUGUUGAUGUCCAAGCUAUUUAAAAAUUUCCAUAAUAAUAACAAAUGCAUUUUAUCUUUGACAAAAAGGAGUUCCUUCCUUCCUCGUGUCAAGUUAACAUCCCUCAACUCUCCUUCCCUAGAUUAGCUGUGAUAAGUAGGUCGGAGUCCAACUUUUCUAUGAUAUUUAUUUUAAGCACACAGAAAGGAUAUACUCAAAUACGACCAUUAUAGGACCAUUUAGGAUUGGCAUGAGCAAUAACUAAAAAAUCAUCUACAACAACAUCAACAAGAUCAAUAAUGUACAAGAUGAUAAAUAAUGAAACAAAGUCAAGACAACUUAUUAACAUUUUAAACAAAACCAAGUUUUAAUAUAUUUUAUACUUCUCUAAUCUCCGACUAUCUUGUAUUUUGGAUUAAAGGUAAUAUUAUAUGAUCAAAACAAGUGGUUGCAUAGGUUGUUGAUUAAAAGUUAUGUAGUAGCUUCAGUGCUAUAUAUUUUGUUUUUUAUAUAUAUACAUUUAUACAUUUGAUUAUAUUUUAAUGCAAAUGAUGAUAAAAGUACUCCAAAGUUUAUGAAACAAUAUAGAUAUUUAUUAAAGUGUUGAAAUUAUGAUUUUUUGAGAGAGAAUUUUUUUAAAUAUUGUGGUCGAGCAAAAAAGUAAUAUAGGGAAAAAAAUGUAAAAGGAUACACAUUUUUUGUAUUUUCAUAUAUAAAAAAAAUUUAAUGUAGAAUGAUUCAAAUAAAAAUUAUGUAAAUAAUAAAUACAUCUAUAAUCUUUGGAGUUUGUUUAUGGAA